AAUUGAAGUAAACAUAUUUCUCACCACAAAUUACAGGCAAAGAACUACAAGGAACUUCAAACCCUUAAUGCAUCUUUCUUACCAGAAAUUUAUUAACUUUGCUGUGGAUGAGACCAAACGCAGAACCCAGUUGGCUCCUUCUCCCUUGCAGCCUUGCAGCAUAAAUACAAUUCAUUGAUUGCCAUGGAUGAGAAAACCGAGAUUCAAAUGUUGUCAUUUCAAGCUCUCAAGAUCAGGCUGUUACGCAGCUUAAGUGUCCAAAACAAUGAAAUGAUGCAGGUUUUGGAUUUUGGUGUGUUUCCAACACUUGAGUUUGAUCUACCAAUAUUGUGCGCCAAUUUCUUCUCUUCUCCUAACAUUAGCAUCAUUGUGUUAGACCUCAACCCUUUGCAGGAUGUGGUCAAUCAGACGGAUUACAAGGACAAGUACUAUAAAAACAUAAUGCAUCUUGGCGUUAAACAUUCCGAGCUUUUGCCUUGGGGAGGAAAGCUUACCAGUGAAUCGUUGAUGUUAUUCUCUCCGAUUGUGAUAUGGUCCAAGUUUUCACCAACCGAUCAGAAAUACGAUGCCUUGUAUUCCGCAUUUGUGGAUUAUUAUAUGACUUGGCUUGACCUGAUGGAUGAGGUAGCAGAUAACAAUGAUCCUUCUCAAAUUAUUAUCAACCGCGAGGCACAACAUCGGUAUCUCACCUGGAGAUCCGAGAAGGAUCCAGGGCAUGCGCUUAUGAGGAAGCUAGUUGGUGAAGAUCGGGCAAAGGACUUGAUAAGGAAUUUCCCUUUCAAUGGACUUGAUGAACUUGGAAACAGGACGUUUCUGGACUACUUCCCAGAUUAUCGGUGUGACGAUGGCUCUGUAAACAACAAGCGCAGCAUGAUCGGAAAAUCAUUUGAAAGUCGCCCUUGGAAUGAAAGAGGAGAAUUCAUUGGUAAUAACUUUGAAUAGGUUGUAU